UCUUAAUAUUUUGCACAGAGAAAGUUGUCCUCAGCAACUUUAAAAGCAAUUGAAUACUUUUACCAUCUUCAUUUUUGUUCUCUCUCAAUCAUUUAGAAACCACUCAAAAAUAUAUUCACUCACAAACCUCUCCGAAACCAGUUCCCUUGAUUUCUUUUUUACCCAAUCUUCCUUAUUUCACCCAAUUUCCUUACUUUAUUUGAGUUUGCACUUUAGUUGUCCUGUUAUCAUCUGUGUUUUAGUUAUUUUCAUUUGCUUCACUUCUCCUUCUGUUUUUUAAAACUUUAAAAAAGUUAAAAAAAAUGGUUGAUGUCGCUGGGAGUAUCGGGGGUGUGUUGAGUCCUAUCCUCGAAGUUGGCAAGUGGUUGGCUGCUCCGAUUUGGCGUCAAUUCAAGUAUUUGUACAACUACAAUACCAAUUUCAAAAAUCUGGAAAAACAAGUCGAUAAGUUGAAGAAUACAAGAGAUGAAAUCCAGCGUAAGGUUACGGCUGCUGAAAGAAAUGUGGAAGAGAUCAAACAGAAUGUUAAGGACUGGCAGAAGGAUGUGAACAAGACAAUUUUAGAAGCAGAGCAGUUGAUUCAAGAGAAAACAAACAACCCUCCAUGUUUCAAGAGAUUGUGCUCCAACUACAAACAAAGCAAGAAAGCUUUCAAAUUAAAGUGGGAUGAUAUUGAUCAACUCCUCCAACAAGAAAAGGAAUUCGAUCAAGUUUCCUUUCCUACUAUUCCACAAGAUAUCUGGCUUAGAUCUACUGAAGAUUAUUUGGCGUUCGAAUCAAGAAACUCUACUGUGAAGAAUGUAUGGGAUGCUUUAAAUGAUGAGAAUGUGUAUAUGAUUGGUGUUUACGGGAUGGGUGGUAUUGGGAAGACCACUCUUGUGCAGGAGGUUGGUAGGAAAGCGCAAAAGGAUAAGCUAUUUGACGACAUUGUUUUUGUCGAGGUAACACAAAAUUUGGAUAUAGAGAAGGUUCAAACAGAAAUUGCAGAGAAGUUAGGCGUAAAAUUCAGUAAUAAGAGUGAAAGAGCAAAUAAGUUGUAUGAGAGAUUGAAGAGCGGUAAGAAGAUCCUUUUAAUUUUAGACAAUAUUUGGGAAAAUGUUGAUCUAAAGACCAUUGGUAUUCCUUCUAAAAUCGAUUGUGGAGGAUGCAAACUAAUGUUCACAACAAGAAAUUUAGAUGUAUUGGAGAAGAUAGGUUCCACAAAUAAUUUCAAGAUAGGCAUUUUGGAAGAAGAAGAAGCUUGGAUCCUAUUCGCCAGGAUGGCAGGUGAUGUUAUUCAAACACGUGAAUUGAAUUCUUUACCGAAUGACAUAUGCAAGGAAUGCAAAGGGUUGCCCAUCGUGAUUAGUACCAUAGCAAAAGCAUUAAAAAAUAGGAGUCAUCCGUCUGAUUGGAAAGUAGCCUUGAAAGAAUUGAGAGCACAUUCGCCAACAAAAUUCAUAGGAUUCCUAGAAAAGGAGUACAUGAAGAUAGCCUUAAGUUACGACUAUUUAAGAGAUGAUGAACUUAAGAAAAUGUUUUUAAUUUCUAGUUUAAUGGAAAAUAAUGAUUCUAUUUCAGACUUGUUCAAACAUGUUGUGUAUCUAGAUAUACUUGAAGGAGCUAACUUGACAAUGGAAGACGCACAAGAUAGACUAGAUAAAUUGGUUCGAGAUCUUAAAGAUGCUAGUUUGUUACUUGAUGGGGUUACAAACAAACAAUUUGCUAUGCAUGAUGUUGUUCGUGUUGUUGCUUUAACAAUAGCAUACGUUGAUCAUCAUGUAUUUACAGCAAAAAAUGACAUUGAACGCGAAUGGAAGGAUAGAGAUAAACUCAAGAAAUGCACAAAAAUCUCCCUACCUGGUAGGAGUAGUACUAUCAUUAGUCAACUUUGGCCUAAUGAUUUGGAUUGUCCAACUCUUGAAUAUUUCUAUAUGCCAAACUCUUAUUUCGAAAUUCCAAAGGACUUCUUCAAAGUGAUGCCAAAGCUCAAAGUUUUAAAUUUAGUAGGACUGCACCAAUCAUCAUUGCCAUCUUCCCUUCGUCUUUUGAAAAACCUUCAAACACUAUGUUUAGAUGAUAGCACAAUCAAAGAUGUUGCUAUUAUCGGAAAGCUAAAGAAAUUAAAAGUCCUUAGCUUGAAACGUUUAAUUAUUAAGGAGUUGUCUAUAGAAAUAGGUCAAUUGACUGAACUAAGGUCAUUAGAUUUAAGCAAUUGUAGACAAUUACAAGUCAUUGUGCCAAAUGUGAUAUCAAAAUUAUUGCAAUUGGAAGAAUUUCAUAUAAAGGGCUGUCCUAUUCAGUGGAAGGUUGAAGUACUUGAGGAACUAAAGCUCUUGUCUAAUCUUGCAAGUGUAGAAUUGGAUAUCAAAGAUAAUAAGGUGCAACCUAAAAACUUAUUUGCCAAAGAGCCUAAAAAGUACAAAAUAUCUGUAGGAGAUUGUUGGUUCCUAUAUCCAAAAUAUGAGUAUUUGAGGAUGCUGGAAGUUAAAUUUGAUUCUAUCAGCUCACUAGAAGAAUUACAUCUAUUCAAGAAUGUUGAGCUCUUAAGCUUAGCCGAAUUUUCAGAAGAUGAGAACCAUAUUCAGGAUUCAAAGAUUGAUUUGCAGUCCAAGGAAAUCAUGCCAUUGUUUAAUGAAAAGGUUUGA